CGGCCAUGUUUCUGCCUUCAGGCUGAAAUGGUCGAUGUGGCGUCACGGCGAACAUUGCCGUCAGAAAACGAGGUUCAUGUGGCCAGAAAUGUUCUCUCCAAGAUCUUACGCAGCUCCAUGAGGAAGAACCGCUUCAGGGGGAAAAAUGAUCCGGGCGUCCGGCCCCAUUCCUGGCACUCCUCCAAGCUGACAGAAGAGGAGUCUGAGCCCGCCGGGUCCCAGGCUGCCGCAGCGCCACUCUGGCAGCCAAAACAUGAAGCCAGGUCCAAAGAGUCAACUAAGACUGAGAAGACUCAACACAGCAAUCAGCUCGGCUCAGUGAGCAGCAUGGAGAGACUGGCGCGUCCUUCCCAUCCGUACCCGCCGGGUCGUCUUUCUCCGCCUCCAUACAUGGACGGUUCUGAAGCCUUUUCUGGAUCAGGAGCUAAAAGAGACUCCGCCUUCAGCUGCUUCUCUGGCAGCUCCAGUCCUCCUGUUCUCCGUUCCAGCAUGUCUGGAGGGAAAGGUGCCAGUACUGAAAACAUUUUCUUUAAGGGUCUUCAGAGUGAAGGACCUCAGCAGAAUGAACCACACAGAUUCCUGCAGCCAACUCUCGGGACCGGAGGCUGGCAGGGGCCACAGGGCGAGGAGCAGCCGGUGUCUUGGGUUUCUGCUCCGGGCGGAGCCGGUGUCAGCCCAGUGUGGCAGGUACCAGAGAAGAAAAAAUCCCAGUCCCCUCCUCCUCCACCACUGCCUCUGCGCAGUGACAGCUUUGCUGCAACCAAGGUGUUUCCAUUCUCUGAAGGUCCGACAGACAACUCUUUUGAAAAGCCGACAGAAAACAACCAGAACUCUCUCCGAUUUCAGAACCAGCUGCACCCCAACAAACUCUUCUCCUUGUCCAGCAGUGAUGUCAGCCAGCUGCGUUAUGCCCAGUCUCCUGCCCACCACAGGCAAUGCAGUGAUGAAAGCCCCUUCUACCUUCAGACCAGGAAGGCUCCACCAACUAAGACUCAAAGUGUUGGGAGUUACUAUCGGAGCCUCCAAGAUCUGCCCUCUAAUGCCUUUAGUCGAAAACACACUCUGCACUCCAUGGCAGCCAUGACAGGACAGGACAACGGAGGGCACAGCCGACACCUUGGCCCUUCAGGUAACCAUCCAAUGCAGACUGGCGAGUUCAAGGCCAGACAGAGUAAAGCUGGGGGAUGGAGAGGAGAAACAGAGAAAUCCCAACAGAUGAACAGUAGCGAGUCAGGUUUCCACAGCUCCCUAAAGGCAAAUGUUAAGGCCAAACACCCGACACCUCAGGCCCAGAUACCUCACUGUGAAAAUCAAGACCAAAAUGGGGAUGGUGUGUACUACGAAACGUCUCUUCAAAGCACAGAAGAACCUUCAAAGAGAGCUAGUGAUGAGAUGAAGAGACUCCUUCAUCAGAGUAUUGAUUAUAAGGUUGGUCUUUCAAGACACCAAGACCUGUGGAUGCCUCAAGAAGAUCACAGAAUAUCAAAUCUGAAAACUCCCCUUCUCCACUUCCUGGCUCAAGAGAGUCGGACGUUGGCAGAGAGGCAAGCAGCAGUUGCUACUACAUCUCUGAUUUCCACCCAGGAUGUCUGUGAAACCACAACCAACAGCAGUGUGAAAGCAAGUCGUCGCAGUGACCGCUAUGCCACCACCCUUCGUAAGGAGAUCCAGCAGAAGAGAGCCCAGCUGCAGAAGAGCCGAAGCGCUGCAACCCUGAUGUACGAGGCUGAGGAAGAUGAUGAAGAAGAGUGGAGGUCCAUGGAAGCCACUGCUUCCUCAAAUACCUACAAGGACCAUUUAAAAGAGGCCCAGGCGAGAGUCCUUCAGGCCACCUCCUUCCAGAGACGAGACCUCGAGCCUCUGGGGCCAGAGGCACCUGUUCUUAAAGCACCCUAUGGGCGAAUCAGGGGACGUAGGCGAUUCCAUCCGGCCAAGAGGACACAUUCCUUCUCAGAGCCAGACAAGAUAGACAAAGUGGGAGUGGAUGGAGAACCCCAAAGCGGCUCAGAGCAACAGAGAAAGUUCUUUGAGACCAAACCUUGGUUUCCCAGGCCUGUGCUGAAGUCAGGUCAUGGUUCAAACCUUAACCCAAGCCAAGAUGACACAAGCAAGUCAGGAGAGACCUUUCCUUCUGGAGACAGUGAUCAGUCUCAACCACACACAGACGAGCAGAGUCCUGGAGAAAAGCAGGUUUUACUGGAACAGCAGAGACUGGGUACCUUCGCUGAAUACCAGGUCACCUGGAACAAGCAGAAAAAGCCUCCUGAUGCCAAAACACAAGGGCGAUGCCACUCAGCGGAAAACAUUCUAGAUGCUACUGCAGAAGAGAAAGGUGUUUGCAUUCAUGAGAGAUCCAGAUCUUCACCUUCUGCAGACUUCUACACACAGAAGAUUUCCUCUCAUUGGAGAGAUUCUCAAACACAGGAGAGCAGGUCGGCCACCAGAGAGACGGUAGGGUCACCGGACCGCGGCCCAGUACCCAGAACCGCGGGGGUUUUCCCAGGCGCUGCCGACCACAGAACCGAACCCAACCCGACCGGUUCCUCCCUCUCCUCCGGCACCAUCGGCCCAAACUCUGAGCCCGGGCCGCCGCCCGGUCAUUUAGGACCAGAACCCACAUCCUCCUCAGGGGAACUCCCCGUCUGCGGCCAGCCGGACCGGACCGGUUCUGCCGGUGCCGCCCAGUCCAUCUGCCCUCUGCAGCCGGACCCGACCCGGUCUCCCUCGCCUCGGUUGGCUCCUGUCAAACCGCAGGAUGAGCCGCAGCUCAGGUCAGAAUCAGAACCACAGAACCCAGCAGCGAUGGAGGCGAGCGGCCCGGUGAGAACGGUUCCGGUCCGGAUCGUCCACAGCGAAGGCGGCGCGCACCGGCGGGGUCAGCUGCCGCAGAGUGCCAAGUCCGGCAGCCCGUCUUCUCCGCCUGCAGAGCUGGCAUAUCCGUUCAGCACCUGCAACCGGCAGGAACCGGAACCCGGCCAGGAACCCCACGGAGCCCGGACCCUGGAGGAAGACGCCAAGAGAGACGAGCUGGCAAGGGACAUCAUGGGCAGGGACAAGUCUCUGGUGGACAUCCUGGACCAGAGCGGCAGGAGGACCACCAUGGACCUGAUGGAGGGGCUGUUUGCCCCGGACCCGGUCCUGGAGGCAGUCCAGCUGCGCAGGAGGCCGUCCGCCGGAUCCAGGCCGCCAGGCACCAGCAGGAGAGAAGAGGAGGACGUUCCUGUCUCCGCCUCUCUGGUCCCAAGCUCCUCCUACUACAACACAUCGGCUCCCAAAGCUGAGCUGCUCAUCAAGAUGAAGGACAUGCAGGAGCAGCUGGACGAGCAGGACUCCGAGGACGAGCUGGACGUCGAUCUGGCCAGUAAAAAGCAAGAGCUGAUGUCCAGCCUGGCCAGGAAGCUGGCGGUGCUGCGGGAGGCGCGGCAGAGCCUGGCGGAAGACGUGGAGGAAAACGAGGCGCUGGGCCGGCAGGUGGACGCCACCGUCCGGCGCCUCUGCCGGCCCAAUCAGAUCGACAGGUUCCGCAUGUUUGUGGGUGACCUGGACAAGGUGGUGAGCCUGCUGCUGUCGCUGUCGGGUCGUCUCGCCCGGGUGGAGAACGCCCUCAACAGCCUGGAGGACGGAGCGCCAGCAGACGAGAAGCGAACGCUGACCGAGAAGCGGAAGCUGCUGAUGAGGCAGCAUGAAGACGCCAAGGAGCUGAAGGAGAACCUGGACCGCAGAGAGCAGCUGGUGUUCGCCAUCAUGGAGGCUCACCUGGACGCCGAGAACCUGGACGACUAUCGCCACUUCGUCAAGAUGAAGUCUGCGCUAGUCAUCGAGCAGCGGAAGCUGGACGACAAAAUCAAGCUGGGCGAGGAGCAGCUCAAGUGCCUGACAGAGAGUCUGCCACCGGAGCAGAGGCCGCCACUCACACGUUGAAACCAUGACACCCGACCAUGAGGCCCGACGUGGGAAAACCUCAUCGUGAGGAAAUCUGUUUUUGAGUUUCUCAGUUCCGACUCUCCAGACGAUUUUGUUGUUCAGCUUCAAAAAUUCUGACAAAAACAGAAAUGCUGCUUUGGAACUGAGUGACUUCAUUUUUCCAGAAGCUGGAAGUCUAACAGGAAGAGACCUGGUCCUGGUUCUGGUCCUUUCCUUCUAGGUCCGGUAGACCCGGUUCUGGAGAACAGCUUGGUUGUCGUGUUUCUGCCGAAAGCCAAGUCCUGAUUUAUCUCCAGCUGAUUUAAUACUGAAAUCAUAUUUUCUAGUAACUUACUGUAGUUUUGGUGUCAUUUAUUCUCAUCGUUUUUAUUUAAGCUGAACAGAGAAAUCACUUUUCAAAGGUUCCCAUCAUGUAACAUUCCCAAGUCUCUUAUUUUGGAGUGAAGCUGAAGUUCCUGGACGCUAAUCCCAAACUGAAGGAGCUUCAACACGUUUCCUCCUGGGAAUAUAAUCUGAGGUUGUCUGGCAGCUGAGAUUUUUAUCCUGUUUAGCUGCAGGAUCCCAUCAGACCGUCAGUUCCCCAAACAGAGUGAAAAACUGCUCGGGUCCAGUUUUAAGACUAAAAUCUGAAAAGUGUGGUGUGCAUUUGUGUUUACCUCUAAAUAAACACACUGCUUUAAUAAAACGGUCAAGUUGUUUUUUCUUAAAUAUUUUAUUGAAAAAAAGAGAAACAGUUCAUUUCCAGAAUUUCAAACCAUCUGCAUCGUGGUUGAUGAUGAGGAUGAUGAGGACGAGCCUGGAGGGGGGCGGAACCGUUUCCAACCCCACCUGGGAGAAGCGAGUGGCAGUGGAGAGAGAGGGUCUCCCAGAUUACACAGCCAGCCUCUUCAUCCUCAUUCAGAGGAAGCAUUUCCAUCAUCAGAGUUUAAAACGACAAGCUUAAAUAGAAAAUCUGAUUCCAGAAGCUGGAACUGAAGACAUGUAGCAUUCCGGCGCGCUAACGCUAAAGAUGAAAACAUGAUCCGAGUUUAAAUCAGUAAUUUCACUGAAAGCUCGACCCGCAGAAACCGGUCAGAGUGAGACCUCUCUAUCAGAGACGGGCCGAGUUGCUGCUGAUCGCUUGAAAACCACCAGCUCCCCCUAGUGGCCACUUAGCGAACUGCAGCCGCUUCAGCUUCUGUCCUCCCCGAAAACAGAUCAGCUGAUUCUUACUUCAAUAAAAUCCAAAUCAGAAAAAAAGGA